AGGUUGUUGUUAGCGAAAGUGCUUUGAUUGGGUACUUAUAAACUCCGAUUAGUAGGAGUUUGAUUGGGAUGUGCAAGUACUAACUUUGCAGAGGGUCACGUUGGCGGCCGACAACGUGACAUCGGAAUUCAAGAUGCCUACGACUCGUUCUGGAACCGCCGGGGCGGCUGAGGCGGCCGCUGCGGAAGAGGUAGAGACUUCCGUCACGUCGGGGUCCAGUGAGCUCCAUGAGUUGCAGGAUCAGCUUGCGACGUUGACAGAGUUGGUUACUCAGCAGGCCGCGGCAGCACGACAGCAGAUGGACGCUGCGCGUCGACAGGAGGACAGGAUGAAGAGGUUAGAGGAUCUGUUACUGCGGCAGACGACCGACAGAGAGAUUCCAGAUUCUGUACCUAUAGCACCAGAGAGGGGCACCACAGUGAGAGCACAGUCACCUGUACUUGACACACCCCCAGUAGCUCCGAGGGCAGAGACCCGACAGGAGACAGUAGUACCACCACCAGUACCUGUAGCAGCAGCUGGGACAGUGUUACCCGAGAUGGUGGGGGUUGAGGAGCGAGAGCGGAUGAUGGAACGACUGAAUGAAUUCCGUCGCUGCAACCCUCGUGUCUUUGAUGGGGAGAAAGCAGAUCAUUGGGUGGUUGAAAAAUGGUUAAUGCAUAUGGAGAAAUUGGUCCAGGCGUCAAACCUCUCCACUUACCGGGAUGUAGUGAACCGGGCCUUGAUCGUUGAGAAAGGGGCGGAGAUUAUGAAGAAAAGGGAUGUUGUGGAUCGAAGCAAAGGGAAGAGACCUGCAGUUGAGAGCAGUGGUCAGCAGUCCUUUAGGAGACCCCCAAACUCCGAGCCAGGGGGCCCUGACAACGCCUUAUCAGUCUAG